AUGCAAAGUUUCUCUGGUAUGGUACUUACUUCAAAUCCAUCAACUGUUCCUGUGACUGUCACCACGGUUCUACGCUGCGCAGCAAAAAAAAAAGCUAAAUAUGGGGAAAUAUGGGGACUUGCGCGACAAGCGGCUCAGCUUGCAAUUGAUCAUAAUAAUCAUGCUGAAAUGGUCAAUGCGUUGGAAUCACCCAAAAUUCAAGCUAGCGAUGCUGAUACAAAAAGCGAUACUGACAAAGAAAGCGAUGCUGACAAAGAAAGCGAUGCUGACAUAGAAAGCGAUACUGACAAAGAAAAUGAUCCUGAAAGAAUUGAAAACCCACCUGUAUCACGUCACAGAGGACGUCCAGAAACAAAACGAUACAAAUCAUCAACCGAAAAAAAACCACGUGCGAAGUAUACUUGUCGUACAUGCGGUCAAUCAGGACAUAAUAGUGCAAGGUGUUAA